UUGUGCAGCAUUGCAGUUCUUCCUGGUCAAGGGGGUGGAACACUGGAAGUGUGUUCAUCCGUCAUGUUUACUUGUUGAAUGGGUUGUAUUGCAAAUAAUUUCACGAAUUUGCUGGGAUUUUAUUACGUAUAAUCUUGCACAACUACGAAAAUGAUUAAGACCGAAAAGAUUCUGCACCUCAAGAGUUCGCGUGGCCGGAAGGUUCGGGUAGUGCGAGAGCACUAUUUGCGAGAACACAUACCAUGUUUCAGCGCUCUCUGUCAAGCCGAUUGCGCCAACGAAGGGAAGAUGCUGUCGGGGGAUCUGACGCACUACGUCGUGCCGGACGCGGGGGUUGUUCGGGACUUCCUGGAGGUGCUGGAGUUCAGGGAGCUGCGGGGGAUCGUGUUCACGCAGACGGCUUGUCAGGCAGUGCAGCACAGCCGCGGACGCAGACAGUAUAACCGGCUGCGCAGUCUGCUGAAGGACCCUCGGCACGAGUGCGUGCUCUUCUGCAACGAGUUCCAGCGAUACGCCUACUGCCCCAGAGAGAAGGGCGAGGCCCAGGACAAGUGGCAGACCAGGUGUGUGUAUAAUGCAGCCGUGUGGUACUUUGAUCACCUGGCGGGGCUGAAGCCAGUCGUGAUGAUUACGGAGGAUUCUGCAGCUGUGAGCGAGUACAGCAGCCUGAACUCAGGGGUCUACGUCAUCUCCACCCAGGAGUACCUGCAGAGUUUCUGGCCAGACCUGCAGGCUGCGCAGGAGCUGCACGGCUCCAUCUCGCAGGCACUGCAUGAGCGGGAGAGCGAGGGGCAGGAGCGUCAGUACACCGAGCACCUGCCCCCCGAGGUGCUGGAGGCAGGGAUCAAAUCCGGCCGCUACAUCCAGGGCACCCUGAAUGUGAACAAGCACAGGGCACAGCUUGAAGCCUUCGUUCGGGUUGAGGGCUCUACAAACAAGUGCUCAGAGCUGAACAGCGACGUGCUGGUGUGCGGCAGUAAGCUGCGGAACCGGGCGGUGCACGGGGACGUGGUGGCGGUGGAGCUGCUGCCGAAGGGGGACUGGCGCGGGCGCAACACGGCGCUAGCGGAGGGCGAGGCCGAGGAUCGGGCGGGGGAGGAGCCUCAGAGCCUGCCCAUGCCCACUGGCCGGGUGGUGGGGGUCCUGCAGCGUAACUGGAGGGACUACGUGGUGACGUUUCCGCCGCGGGAGGAGGUGCAGUCUCAGAGCCACGCCUCCCAGCGCAUCCUGGUCACGCCCUGGGACUACCGCCUGCCCAGGAUACGCAUCAGCACCCAGCAGGCCGAGACCUUGCAGGGCCUUAGAGCCAUCGUGCGGCUGGACUCCUGGGAGAGCACGUCUCUCUACCCGAACGGACACUUUGUGAGGGUGCUGGGCAAGGCCGGGGAGCUGGAGACCGAGAUCCAGACCAUCCUCACAGAGAACAACAUCCACGUAGCGCCGUUCUCCGAAGCACAGUUGCGGGAGAUGCCGGUGAAUUCAGAGGAGAGCCCCUGGCAGGUGGAGGCGGAGCAGGUGGAGGCGAGGCGGGACCUGAGAGAAACCCACCUGGUGUUCAGCAUCGACCCGAAAGGCUGCGAGGACGUUGAUGACACGCUGUCUGUGCGCGCGCUGCCCGGGGGGGAGGAGUUAGAGCUGGGCGUGCACAUCGCCGACGUCACUCACUUUGUCAGGGAGGGGUCUCUGACUGACCUGGAGGCCCGGUCCAGGGCCACCACAUACUACCUGGCUGACCGGCGCUACGACAUGCUGCCCCCAGUGCUGAGUGCUGACCUGUGCUCUCUGCUGGGUGGUGUGGACAGGUACGCCAUGAGCGUGCUGUGGCGGCUGGACGCACGGUCGCUGGCGGUGCAGAAGGUGUGGUUCGGCCGCACGCUCAUCCGCUCCUCGUACCAGCUGCACUACGAGCUGGCGCAGAGCCUGCUGAACGGCGACCAGGGGGCGGAGCCUUCAGAACUGGCCGCCCUGGGCGCGGCCGAGAAGGGGCGGAGACUGGACGAGCUGCGGGAGGCCCUGCAGCUCCUGACGCACGUCGCCAGGCUCCUGCGGGCGCGGCGGGAUGAGGGCGGGGCCCUGGAGCUGGAGGGCGUGGAGGUGCGGGCCCAGUUGGACGCUGAUGGGAACAUCUCCGCCCUGGUGCCCCGCCAGCCGCUGGAGGUCCACGAGACCGUGGCGGAGUGCAUGAUCUACGCCAACCACUGGGUGGCGCGCAAGAUCCAGGAGAGCUUCCCCCACCAGGCCCUGCUACGCCACCACCCCGCCCCUCGGCAGGAGUUCUUCUGCCAGCUGAUCGACAGCGCCAAGGCCCUGGGAUUUAGCAUUGACACACGGUCCAACAAGGUUCUGGCGGAUUCUCUGGACCGGGCCGUGGACCUGGAGGACCCGCUGGUGAACCGGCUGCUGAGAAUGAUGGCCACGCAGGCCAUGUCCAACGCCCUGUACUUCUCCACCGGAGCGCUCCCUGUGGACCAGUACGAGCACUACGGUCUGGCUCUCGACAGAUACACCCACUUCACCUCCCCGAUCCGUCGCUACGCGGACGUCAUCGUGCACCGCCUGCUCACUGCCGCCAUCGAGAAGGAGAAAGGGGUGGAGCCAAAGGAGCCCCCAGCCAAUAACAAGGAGCUGGAGGCACUCGCACACCAUAUCAACGACAAGAACAGGGCAGCACAGCAGGCUCAGAAGCAGUCCACGGAGCUCUUCCAGUGCCUGUACUUCAAGGACAAGGACCCCGACAAGGAUGAGCGCUGUGUGGCCAACGCCGUCGUCUACGCCGUCCGCGCCAACGGCCUGCUGGUCUUCAUCCCGCAGUAUGGGGUGAAAGGUCCGGUGUACCUGAAGAACAGGGAGGGUCAGGUGGUCAGUGUGCAGCAGGACGGGAGCUGUGAGUGGCAGUCUGGAUCACUGCAGAGACGCACCGACCGGAUCAGCUGCAGUACUGCUGCCGGCACACACACCUUCUGCCUGUUUCAGCACAUUACUGUGCGGAUCUCUGUGCAGUCGUCACGGUGCCAUGCAGACCGGUUGUGGCUGGAGGUCGUCAGCAGCCGGCCGCACCAGGCUCCGGCCAAGCAGAGCGAGGGGGCGGAGCAGGGGGCGGGGCACGGCCGGGCUGAGCUGGUGCAGGAGGUGGUGCGCUGGGCGGAGGAGGAGUCGCAGAAGCAGGCCGAGGGGCGGGCCGCGGCCCCGAAACUGUCCCGGGAGGAGAGGGAGUUCCGGCAGACCCGCACGCCCAACCUGUACACCCUCCUGCAGGAGAUCCAGGAGCUGGCGCUAGUGGACGUGUCCUCCUGCGAAAACGCCACGGCUGCACUGGAACCGCCCGCCUGCACCACAUCCGCCUGACUGGAGACAGAAGCCCCAAAAACAAGUGGAGCUAUCAAACAUCAUCAGCAACUGAUUUUAACCAAUCGUGGCCUUUCGGAUGCGGAGAGCAAAUAGUUCCAGUUGGUUCAUGUGAGCCAGUGAUUGACAGUGUCGUAGCACCACCUAUUCAUGGGGUCAUGAAGCCUGCCAUUCCCAUCAUUAUAUCUGACCCCUGCCCCGAUUCAGAGCCACUCCAGGGGGCUGAUGGGAAAGCAGUGUGUGCUGCAGAACGUACCAGGAACCAAAAUACAUUUUAUUCAGGGGGUCACAGACUUUCAUCAAGGAUAGUCUUACAGAAGCAUUUAAUUCCCACUGGUUCCCACAGGUUAACUGGGGGUGGGGCGUGGGGGAGUGAGAAGGAGAUGGGGGGAUUCUCACAUGUAGUUUUAGUUGUUUUGAUUAAAACCAUAACCUGGGUCUCAGAGCAUGUUUUCCCCCUAGUGACAGAAUGAAUUAUAGCACUGUUUUCUAUUUAUCAGCAAGUAGUGCUUUUACAGAAAGUAUAUUUUUGUAAGCUUAUGGAAUAUUCUAGACAUUGAGCUGGGUUUUUUUAAAAGCCACAGGCUGUUGUCCCGGGUGGCUCAUUGUGUUUAAGCAAACGCCAGGUCUGUAGCUCCGGGCUGCAGGUUUGAGCCUUGGCCUUGGCCUUGGCCUCAGCUAUGCUGUCAGCCCACAGUUGCGGAACACUGUUCCACCAGGAGCAGGGUAGGCUUAAACAGGCCAAGGUCCUGAGACGCUAGUUAAUCUGUACAACGGGCCAGGCAUCCACACCAUCACAGCUGUCUAACAGACAAAUGCACUUGCUGCUGGCUCUGUGACUGACCUACUGUGUGGACUGUAAGUGUGACUCAGUUACUGCGUUGCAUGGGUUAAGCAUCUGGUCCUUGUGUGCAGGUGCGGAUCAAACGGAAAUAAAUGUGGUGGGGAAGUUUUUAAAAUUUAAAUAAAAGUUUUUUUUUCAUGCCUCAGGGAUUUUUGCAGGUAAAGCAAAAGAUGUGACAGCAGCCUGAGCUGCGUUAAAUGUAGUUUUUGCAGUGUCAAGCAAUGCAUCAUGUUAAGGAUCAUCUGCUGUAACGCACGUUUUUUUGUUUAUACACCUUUGAGCAUCUCUUCUCAAAAGCCCCUCUCCUGUCAGGGAAAGAGAGGUCGUAUUUUUAUGGCUUGCCCAGAAGGGUGUUUACUGUACUCUUUCCAUCACGGAAAGCAGAUGGCGUGUUUGCCUUCCGCAUUUUAGGCAGGUCUUGACGCGCGCCGUUGAGGAAACUUUCCAUGGAAACCUGGGCCUGGGUCUGUCAUCCGAGGGCUCUGAAAUCCUGCGGUUUGGGUGGAGGAGGAGGGGGGACAGGGCUUCCCAGAAUUCCGCUUUCCUGAGUGAGUGUACUGAGGGACUGCCAGCCGGCCAGCCAGACAGGCAAGGGGAAGAGCUGAGGCUUCACAGAAACCUUCUCUUUCUCUCUUUCUUUCUGUGUGUACGUUUACACGCACACUCAUAUUUCAAUAUUACUCUGAAUAAGACAAUACCCUGAAUAAGAUAUAGGUCAUUUAAAUGGAAUAUUCUGAUUAAAUACCCCGAAUAUGGCAUAUUCAGAUAUUAUACGGAUGUUGUUUACGGUCAGCGCUGCUGUUACUAGGCUACCCAUUGCAUUAAUAUGAGUCAGACAGCUAGCAGUUUGCAGGGUGCCAGGAUGGAAGGCCCUGCAAAAAAAAACAGCAUUUUUGAAUGGAUGGAGAAAUUAUCCUUCUUUUAAAAAUUUAGAAAGGUAAAUCAAAUGCAUAAGGGAUGUACAUGAUCAUUUUACGUUUAAUCAGUCUAUGAAUGGCUGCAUGUCCAGAUGUAUUUGAAACCCUUAAAAAAUAUUUUUAUUGAAUAAUAAUUAGAGUUUUUUCAUCAAAAAUGUUCAAUAAAGUUCUGAAAAUAGCUUAUUAUAGUAGCAUCUAUACACCUUUACUUUCAUUUAGAAUGCCAGAAUCGUUUAAUAUGCAAAUUUCCAACGCUUGCUGCAGUGGUCCUUGGAUAUAUAGGCUCCUUUGGUAACAAGUACCAGAUUGCAUCCUAAAACUGUGCAGUCUGCCAUGUUCAAUGCACCAACGGUCACAAUAAUGUCACUAGUCAGCUUUCUGUGUGCUAAGGUUUCAGUUUACCACAUCACUCUCCUGGAAUUUUCUCACAAAUUUUGCUUGUACUGCACUUUUCCAACUCAGAUUUCAGGGAAGUACAGAGAAGCUUUCUACCUGCAGUGGAGGAAUGUGAAAAAGGCACUCUGGAGAUAACUUGUGCAGGAAAAUCAAUCUGUACAGUGAAAAUGAGUAGAGGGGGUCAUUAAAAGAACAUUGAUUUCUCAGUAGCCAUGCAAACAGCUUAUUUGGAAUAUUGUCUUUUUCAGAAUAAUGGCAAUAACCAGAAUAUUGUGUGCAUGUAAAUGCAGUCUGUCUCACACAUACUGAACAAACUCGUGUUUAUCUUUUU